GGUCUGGAUUCCUGUGUGCUGGAAACUUUUGAAGAUGUGCCUUGUUCCAUGGGUACAGCCCCUUUUGGAUUGGUUCCCCGCUCUUCCUGUUGAUAUAUAUAUGCCACUGAAAUACCUCUCAAGUAAAUAGCAGGGAAACUCAGGCAUAGAACAAACAUCCUUAUCCUGCUUAGAUUCUUACUUAGAACACAAUGAGGAAUGAAAUUUGCUCCUUAGCAUUUGUCCGGGCAGUAUUUUCCGAAUUCUUAGCCACCUUAAUAUUUGUAUUUUUGGGAUUGGGAUCUGCCCUCAAUUGGCCAUCUGCUCUCCCCAGUGUUCUACAGAUAGCUAUAGCUUUCGGCCUCGCCAUUGGUACCUUGGUACAAACAUUCGGACAUGUUAGUGGGGCCCAUAUAAAUCCAGCUGUCACAAUAGCAUUCUUGUUGGGGUCCCACAUCUCUAUUCUGCGUGCAAUAUUUUAUAUAGUUGCCCAGCUUGUUGGGGCCAUUGCAGGAGCCGGUAUCUUACAUGCGGUGGCACCCACACCUGUCCGUGGAAACCUUGCCAUCAACCAGGUAUCUGCUGGAUCCCCAGGUCUGGCACUGGUUGUGGAGAUAAUACUGACAUUCCAGCUGGUCCUCUGUAUCUUUGCGUCCACAGACGGUAGACGGAAUGACAAUGUAGGAUCCCCGGCGCUGUCCAUUGGGCUUUCUGUGACACUGGGACAUCUCCUGGGGAUUUACUUUGACGGCUGUUCUAUGAACCCAGCUCGAUCCCUCGGCCCUGCAGCCAUUACUGGAAUCUUUGCUGAUCAAUGGGUCUUCUGGAUUGGACCAAUCGUUGGUGGAAUUUUGGCUUCACUCAUCUACAACUUCGUCCUGUUCCCACAUACCAAGAGCCUGUCUGAUAGGAUUGCUGUUCUUAAAGGUACAUAUGAGCCAGAGGAGGAAACAUGGGAAAACAAGCAGGAUCACAAGAGGCAGUCAGUGGAGUUGUACUCUGCCCACCCUCUGCCUAAGGGCACAGAGAAAUUCUAAGCCGUCGAACUUUCUACCAACCCAUUAUUUAUGUAUUUUGGUCAAGCGUCAUCCAGGGCUUUCAGCAGCUGAAGUUGGAGUUCACAUAACUCUGUGCUGUAGAUUCUCUCCAUGCCUAAUCCCUUGUAAAUAUAAUUUUGUUUUGUAAGGCUUUCCAGCAUUAUUUGAUAUAAUACCAUUAUCUUCUCUAUUAAUCUUUGAGGCCCAGGAGCUUACAAACCACAAACAUACAUCACAUCCCAUUUUAGGUUGAGCAUCUUCCGUAAAGUCUGAGAUAUCUACUCACACUGGGUAUAGAGUCAUCAGUCAUGCACAUAAUUCAGUCUGACAGAAUAAAGUAUUGAUCCAGAGCCCAGGACUGUCUACAAUUAAUACGGCAUACUGUACGCAGCCUCUACGGUUGGCUAUAGUAACUCAUCUCCGAAUAAACAAUGUCACUUUAUAUACUUCAGCAAGAAGUUAUAUGUCAGUCGAUUAUAUUUAAGUACUUACUGUAUAAUUGAGUUUAGUAGUAGUAAAGCAGAGUGGAGAAGAGCCAUUGCUCAUGAUGUACUUAAAGGAGGAUUAAUGUAUUCAAUACUGUGCAACAUAGACAUAAUAUUUUGUAUUUUAUGUAUCUUCAUCCUUCCAAAAUAAAAAUAAAAUCACAAGAAAAUAUUAUGUUUAGAAUUUUCAUGUGAAGCCUUUUCUUAGUUAUUCCCAUUACAAGGAAAUCUGUAUGGCAUACAAUAUGUCAACCUGUUGUUGUCCUCACCCAAUUACCUGAAUGGCAAAACUACUCUGUUAUUCUGCCAUAAGAGUACAUAGUUAGACAUUGUUUUGUCAGGGUUUUAAAGGGAUACUCCCUUGGCCAGCAUGCUGAUUGGGUCAGCCAUGCCCCCUUGUCACAUCACGCCAUGUCCCCUCAAUGCAAGUCUAUGGGAGGGGGCGUGACAGCGUCACGCCCCCUCCUACAGACUUACAUUGAGGAGGCAUGGCCUGAUGUCACGAGGGGGGCGUGGUCAACCCCUGCAGCGAGCAAACAGCAUUCGGAACUAAAUGUCCGAAACACUGGCCAGUGGAGUACCCCUUUAAAGAGAAACUGUUGUCACUUUCCUACUGCCUGAAUCCUGUGUUAUUAAGGUGGUCCCUAGUGGUGUCUCCCUUCCUUACUAGCCUUUAUUGAUAUUUCCCUAUACCUAACAAGAAAAGAUCAAUCAAUCAUGGCUGAUGGGGUGGUAAGAAGCCACUGGGUGCUCAUGUUUCAGGGAGCAUGAAAGCGAUGGCGUGUUCCCUUUAAGAAAGUUUCAUGGCAACCAGUUGAUAAAGCCUUUAUCCCCAGCCCUCCCCCCUUAAAAAAUAAAUAAAAAAGAUAGCUAAACACAGUCUUUAAAGAGAUUGUCCCCCAUGAUAUCGAACAGAGCAAAACAUACUUUAGCAUUUUUCCGAUCUGGCUAAUACAGAGGUCCCAUGUAAGAGACUCUUCUAUAACAUUAAUAUGUCCUGACAGAACAUAUGGAAACAUGGUGUCUUGAGGAGCCAUCCCUUUUAAUAACCUUGUAGGAAGGAACAUUUACAAGUCCUUCUUGAUGGGGGGAGGGGGGGUUCUUUUUUUUUUU